AUGGUAUAUUCAAGACCUCCUAUGCCUCUACCUGGUAGUGGUAAUCCACCAAUUCCAUCUAUAAGUGGUGAAGACAAUCCACCCUCUUAUGAAGAAGCCGUCGGAGGUUCACCAAUUCCUCCUCCUAUACCGGCGAGAAACUUCGAAGGUUCAUCUGCACCGCCUUUACCAUCGAGACCCCCUGAUUUACCGCAACGUCCUGCUAGACCUCCAGGACCACCUCCUGGAACUUUUACUCGACCUGAUGGACCUCCACCAACGCCCUCAAGACCUGUAGGACCACCACCUGGAACUUUCACUCGACCUGAUGGACCUCCACCAACGCCCUCAAGACCUGUAGGACCACCACCUGGAACUUUCACUCGACCUGAUGGACCUCCACCAACGCCAUCACGACCCGCUGGACCACCACCAACGCCCUCGAGACCUAAUGGGCCUCCUCCAACUCCAUCCAGACCAGCAGGUCCACCGCCUGUGGGACCUAGACCAGGCAGUGCCGCAUCUACGCCCGUGGGCAAUUCUACAGGACCAUCAGAAACAGCAAAGAGUAUUGCAUCAGCACCACCAAGAACAACGAAUACAGCAGAAUCUUCAUUCACUGGUGGUUCGUUAGGAACAGAUGAUAUUUCAAGACAAAUGUCACAAUUGGACCUUGACGGAUGCAUUGAUUUUGAUAAUGUAUUCCCUCCAGCACAACCAUUAGAUACUUUUACAAGAGCUACACAUGAAGUUCCUAUACCCGUAGGGCUGAACAAUCAGGGAAAACCUAUUGAAACAAAUAAAUUCUAUGGUAACAUGCUCGUCAGUAAUCAAACAAAUGCCGUAUGGACUCAUCCAUAUUCACUGUGGUACUGCAAGGAAAAUCCAUUUUUAGGUAUGGCUGUUGCUCACUGCACCGCCGCCCAAAGGGUGUUAGGACCUGAUGAUGGGCCACCACAAUUCCUAUUCAAUCCUAUUGGUAUCAAAUCGUUUGUCUUCUCUUCACCAGAGUUCGUUAGUGAACAGGAAACUUCUUUGGGAUUUAGCCAUUUGAAGCAUAUGUCAGCCCAAGUAUUACUGAAGAAAAAUGAGAGUCAAUUCAUUCACUUCCCUCUAGUGCAAGGUAUGGGGUUUGUUACUGCCAUUUAUCGUAAUUUGGUACCAAGAAUUCAAUCUGCAGUUGCCUUCAGAGAUUUUAGGCCUGUAGGAAGCUCUAGUAGUGGACAAAAAUAUGCUGUAACUUUGGAAAAUGGGAUCACAUGGUCGCUUUAUGUCACAGGCCCACCGGUGCAAUUAAAUCUAGUCGAUCCAUAUACCAUCAUUGGUAACCAAAGAGUGCAAGGAACUGUCUUCCAAUUGGGAGCUGAUUUCAAAGAUGAAAUUGACUCGGCGGCAGGAUGCUUCCCAAUGGACUGCGAAUUGAAAAGCAGUGUACAGGGAAAUACAGGUGAAUAUUCAUUCAAUUACACAGUAUCCGGUAGCUCAUCGAGUGGUAGUACCUUGAUGUAUGCUCUUCCUCAUCAUGAAUUAUCAUUCACUGAACUUAUGUUGCCCCACAGAACUGCCUCCAGAUUAGAUUCUACGGUAUGCGGCGUAAUGACUGGUUACAUCACCAAUUCAUUCCAUAUGAGAGUUGAAAUACCUGAUAAAUUAGCUUUUGAACCAUUUACUACAAUCCCCAAUGCACCCUCGAGGCCCAAUUAUUCUCCGCAAGUAUUGGAAACUAUUAAAAACGCUGCGUCUCAAGAGGUACACGGUGAUGUGAUGAAUGAAUCACAUUUAGACUCAAUGUACUUCUCAGGGAAGGCAUUGGCUAAAUACGCCUGGAUACUUUACUGUUGUCAUUUCAUUCUCAGAGAUGAAUCACUAGUAUCUGUUUUAAUGCCACGUUUAAAACAAGCCAUGGCUCGUUUUGUGACCAAUAGUCAAGUUUUGCCGCUCAAAUAUGAUACCACUUGGGGUGGUAUCAUAUCUUCGGGUACCAAUUCCCAAGACUUUGGUAAUUCUUAUUAUAAUGAUCACCAUUUCCACUAUAGUUACCAUGUAAUUACAGCUGCUAUCCUGGGAAUAGUGGACAGAGAAGUAGGAGACAAGACCUGGUUAUCGGAAAACAGACAAUGGGUUGAAACCUUAAUUAGAGAUUAUGCCAAUCCAUCAGAUAAAGAUCAAUUUUUCCCCGUUUUCAGAUCAUUUGACUGGUUUAAUGGACAUUCUUGGGCCAAGGGUCUUUUUGAAAGCGGCGAUGGUAAAGAUCAAGAGUCAAGUUCUGAAGAUGUCAAUGCUUCAUAUUCCUUGAAACUGUGGGGGCUUGCUACUCAAAAUACCAAUUUGAUCAAUAUCGGUAAUAUCCAACUAGGUGUACUAAGAACUUCGUUAAACUCUUACUUCCUUUAUACCGAUGAUAACCAAAUUAUGCCUAGAGAGCUAGUAGCCAAUAAAGUGAGUGGCAUUAAGUUUGAAAACAAAAUUGAUCAUACCACGUAUUUCGGUAAUCAGUUGCAAUAUAUUCAAAUGAUUCACGCUAUCCCCAUCACACCAGCAUCAUCAUUUGUGAGAAGUUCCAAAUUUGUACAGGAAGAGUGGGAACAAAAAUUGAGACCCAUUGUAGACGCAAUUGACGACGGUUGGAAAGGUAUCAUUAUGUUAAAUGUCGCUCUGUUCGAUCCAAACACUUCUUAUGCAUUCUUCAGCUCACCAAAUUUUACUACUAAAUGGCUAGAUGGGGGACAAAGCUGGACUUGGUCAUUAGCGUACCCAGGAGCAUUUUUGAAUUGA